AUGGCGGCCUUGGCGGCGAUUGUCGACAAGGACGUAGCAGACGACAAAACCAUCUGCCUUUUUUACAACACGAGUAAGGCACAGCUCGCUCUCUCCUUACAGUCUGGUACCGAUACCGACACCGACGACCCGGCUAGCGAUACCUGUGUGACACCCGACGAUUAUGACAGAUACAUACUAAACCCAUCUUCCAUCGCUGCUGCCUACUACAAGGGGCUUAAAUAUGUGGCCGCAAUGACGAUGCCCAAGCAGGGGCAGAUAGAUACGGAUGUCCAAAUCUCUCUUGUUUCACCUACGUGCCAAAACUUUGUGGAGGGAGACCGCGAGAAUAAUCACAUUGCCUUGGGCAUAACUCCAGAUGGAAAUGAAUGUUGGCUGUAUUAUCUCGUUGACGUGUCUGCAAAUGUCAAGGCCAUGAGAGAAUUGGACCUUAGCACCAAUGAAACACAGGCUCUGAGUGCUAUUACUCAGGUAAGGAAUAACAGCUCUAUAGCAGCUUGGUACGACCCGGAAGAGGAGAAACGGCAUGUUAUUUAUGAGGCUGGGGCUAUUCUAGACUAUACGGUAGGAGCACAAAACCCCGAUACUCUACCUAUAAGUGACUUCGCCCGGAAUAGUUCCAUUGGGGUUGCUUACUCUGGCUCGACUAAAAAGGCGUACCUCUACUACUACGAUGUAUACCAGAAUUUGAAGCGAUCUGUCCACAGCGGGAGCAACUGGGGCCUUCCUGAGACGAUAUCUAACGCUCCCAUGGUUGCUGAGAAUAGCCAGAUCACCGUUGCGCAGGCAAAUGGGUUUAAUCAUGUAUUCUACAUUGCUAAGGACAUGGGCACGGGGGGAGACGAGGGCCAGAGCUCCUUUACUCACAUUCGUGACUCAAUUAAUUAAGUGGUUUAUGCAAC